CUGUCUGAGCUCGCGCUGUGACUGACCAUCUCACAUCGCCCAUCUUUGAAACGGUCCCGUUAACCGGAGAGCCGCGUCCCGUCCCGUCCUGAUACAACCGGUUAUAACGGAUUAACUGUCGGGUGUCUUUUUAAGUGAGAAAAUCAACAAGGUGGAAAAAAAGAUGAUUGAAACAAUUGACACGCAGCGGUGCCUUCAGGCAGUGGAACGACUGCAGGCUCGUCUGAAGGAGAAAGGAGGCGACGUGCCCUCUGACGAGAAACUGAACCUGCUCAAAUCCGUCCUGCAAAGCCCUCUGUUCCACCAGAUCCUCGCCCUCCAGAAAUCAGUACAGCAUCUUAAGGAACAGCCUUCGUGUGUAAAUGGAGGAUAUGCUGACUUGGGUCAGAUUAAUGGACAAACCUCAUCAGAGGAGCAAGAGCGCAUCAUUCGCACCAUGGCUCAGGGUCGGUACGUAACUCAAGUUGACUUGGUGAAGCCGGUAUCAGGAAGUCUGGGCUUUAGCGUGGUAGGACUGCGAAACGAAAGCCGAGGAGAACUUGGGAUUUUCGUACAGGAAAUCCAGACAGGGAGUGUCGCAUACUGUGAUGGGAACCUGAAGGAAGGAGAUCAGAUCCUGGCGAUAAAUGGACAGCUACUGGAGCAGAACAUCAGCCAUCAGCAGGCAAUCGUGCUGCUGCAAAGAGCAUCUGAGCAUGUACAGAUUACGGUUGCCAGAGGGGCAAUCCCUCAGCUUUCCAGCCCAGUGGUGUCCAGAACACCUAGUGCUGCUAGUACACUGUCUGCACAUUCAAGUGGGGCUCACUGGACACAUAUGGAGACUAUAGAGCUAGUCAAUGAUGGCACUGGUCUGGGUUUCGGUAUCGUCGGGGGUAAAACUACCGGCGUCAUUGUCAAGACCAUUCUACCUGGUGGUAUCGCUGAUAAGGACGGUCGCUUGCGCAGUGGUGAUCACAUCCUGCGUAUCGGGGACACUGACCUGUAUGGUUUGGGCAGUGAGCAAGUUGCUCAGGUGCUGCGGCAGUGCGGCAACAGAGUCAAACUGCUCAUCACUAGAGCAACCGUGGAUGAAGCCUCCCCUGCGCCUGUACCCCUGCCAACAGUUACUGAGCAACAGGACCAUGAAGAAGAAGAAGAAGAAGAGCAGGAUGCAUUCGAUGUUAGCCUGACGAAGAACACUCAGGGUCUCGGCAUCACCAUCGCAGGAUAUGUAGGAGACAAGAACUCUGAGGCCUCUGGGAUAUUCGUGAAGAGCAUCACAGCAGGAAGUACUGUGGAGCAGGAUGGCCGCAUCCAUGUUGGAGAUCAGAUCAUAGCUGUGGAUGGUGUGAACAUACAGAGCUACACCAAUCAGCAGGCAGUGGAGCUCUUACGCCACACUGGUCAAACGGUCCAUCUCAAACUCGUCCGCCACGGCUUUAGACCAGAAGACACUCUACUGCCGAUCACACCUGUGACCACUGAGGCUACACCGAGACAGGAGUGUGUCGCCAUGGACAGCAUGCACGACCUUAUGGAAACAUCCAGACAUGUAGCUGUUGCUGUUUCACCUUCCACACCUGAACAAAAGAAAGGAUUCAAACUGAAUGUCGAUGAGGAAGAGGAGCUGAGGAGGAAAUGGCUAAAUGCUCUCGGUCCUAGCAACGAAGUUAUUGUGGUACAGGUAGAGAAAUUCAGCGAGAGCAGUGGACUGGGGAUCAGUUUGGAAGCGAGUGCCGGUCACCACUACAUAUGCUCGGUUUUACCCGAGGGACCUGUAGGACGUUCCGGAAAGCUCUACAGCGGAGACGAACUAUUGGAGGUGAACGGUAUACUUCUUAGAGGCGAGUCACAUAAGGAAGUGGUGAGCAUUCUGAAGGAGCUGCCCGUGUGCGUGCGCAUGGCUUGCUGUAGGCCCACCCCUUCGCCCUCGACUGACAGUCAAUCUGGCCAACCACGGCUGGAAGAAGUAGCGACAGAAAAGGACCUCGACGAUGUUGAGGACCUCCUUACGCCUGGCGAAUCAGAAACAAGCCUAAGAGGUCUCAUGCAAGAAGAGACUGUGGGAACGUCAUUGGCAAUGUGGGAGUCAGAGAUCCAGGACAUUGAGCUGGAGAAAGGAGAACGUGGGCUUGGUUUUAGCAUCCUAGACUACCAGGACCCUAUGGACCCAGCUAAGACUGUGAUCGUGAUCAGAUCCCUGGUGCCUGAAGGUGUGGCUGAACUGGAUGGACGUUUGUUGCCAGGAGACCGGCUGAUGUAUGUCAACAGCAUGAACCUCGAGAGUGCUAGUCUGGAGGAGGCAGUUCAGGCACUGAAGGGGGCCAGCUUAGGCACCGUCCACAUCGGAGUAGCCAAACCGCUGCCUACUCCUUCCUCUAUCUUCUCGGCUCUGUCGAUGAUGGAGAGAGAUGAGGAGGAGGAGGAGGAGGAGGAGGAGGAAGAAGUCUUAUUCCGUGCUGAGCCAGUACUGAUCGACACUAACGACGUGGACUUGUCAGACGAGAAGUUCCGUCGUCAUUAUGAUGCCGAGGAAGACGACACGUUUCAGGCGUCCAUGAUCGCCCUUCACGGAAGCACCUGCAGUGCAGAUCUCACCUAUCAGAUGGCCGUGCAAACCUCCACCCCUCAGAGAAACACUCACCUGGAUUCGUUCACGGAGUAUCCUUUUACGACGGCGCCUGAAAUCAGUCCGUCGUUUUCUCCCGAGGAGAACGGAGCAUCCGUACGCCUUGAAGCAGCGACUGUAAGACUUGGCUCCUCCCACUCUGAUCUGAUUACGGAGCGUGAUUUCGAGAGAAUGGACUCCAUGGACCUAGUGAUGACAAACGCAAACCCAGCUUCCACUUGUAAAGAAGAGACACUUGCAUCAACAUUAUACAAAGAAACAGGACCGAUGGUGGCAGAGAGAUGUGUUCGUGCAGCUCAAGAAGAGGAAGAUGAUUUCCCAAUGGAUAAAACUCAAGAGGAAGAAACCGAUCAACAUGAAAUGACUCCAGGGAGCAAUUUUGAGAGGACCAUCACUGUCGUCAAGGGCAACUCAAGUUUAGGUAUGACGGUGAGCGCAGUGAAGGAUGGUGCGGGUAUGCUGAUCCGCAGUAUCAUUCACAGUGGGGCCAUAAGCAGAGACGGACGUUUAGGUGUUGGAGAUCUCAUUCUCGCCAUCAACGGCGAAGCAACCGGGACCCUGACCAACGCACAGGCACGCGCCAUGCUGCGCAGACACUCGCUCAUUGGAUCGGAAACAGGAUCUUCACUUGCUCCGGAAGAGGAGCUCUGCCCCUUUUAUAUCAUUACCUAUGUACCAGCGGAGUAUUUAGAGGAAUACAAGGCUCUUAAGCAGGCCAAGGAUGAUUGCUUUGCUGUGGAUGCAUCAAGCACACCAAGCUCUUUAGCAGAGCUUCCAGAGAGGGAGGAUGGUGAAGGGGAGGAGAGCGAACUACAGACAGCAAACUUCAGCAACUGGAACCAAGCAAGGACAGUGGAGCUCUACAAGGAGGCGGGAAAAUCUCUGGGUAUCAGCAUUGUUGGUGGGCGGGGCAUGGGCAGUCGCCUGAGCAACGGGGAAGUGAUGCGAGGCAUCUUCAUCAAGCACAUCCUCGAAGACAGCCCCGCAGGACGCAACGGAACUCUGAAAACCGGAGACAGAAUCGUACAGGUGGACGGUGUAGAUCUGCGAGAUGCCAGUCACGAGCAAGCUGUAGACGCCAUUCGUAAAGCUGGCAACCCUGUUGUGUUCCUGGUGCAGAGCAUUAUCAACAGACCCAGGACAUCAGCAGCAGACUCCAUGGAAUGCAGAGCUUCACGAGUCUCAAACCCCAACAACAAGGAUGUUGAGAGUCACAGUAGGCUUUUCCUCCGUCUCUCCCCAACUAACCCUUUCACCCCUACUCCAUUUAAGCUGAAUCGAGAGCCGGGGAAAAUUUCCCCGACGACGAUGCCAUUCCUCUCGGUGCCACGCAUAGGUGAGACGGACACGGACACGCUGACCCAGAUCCCCGAUCAUCACACCCUUCCUCAUGACACGGAGGAGGAAGAGGAGGAUGAGUUUGGCUACACUUGGAAAAAGGUGGUCGAGCGUUAUGGGAGUCUGCCCGGUGUGUUGCACAUGAUUGAGCUGGAGAAGGGCAGAAGUGGUUUAGGCCUGAGUCUGGCAGGGAACAGGGAUCGCUCAAGAAUGAGUGUCUUCGUAGUAGGCAUCGACCCCAACGGAGCAGCUGGGAGAGAUGGUCGCAUCAUUGUAGGAGAUGAGCUGCUGGAGAUCAACGGUCAGAUUCUGUAUGGUCGCUCCCAUCAGAACGCCUCAUCCAUCAUCAAGUGCGCCCCUUCCAAAGUUAAAAUCAUCUUCAUUAGAAACACAGAUUCUCUCACUCAGAUGGCUGUCAUCCCGAUGAAGGAAUUCGAACAUGUCCUGGACACACAACCAGAGUCCCAAACUUGUUCCUCUCUCAUCUCCUCACUGUCUGACAUGGACAUGUCUAAAUGUGUACAGAGCUUAUUUUUACCAGUCGAAGAGGAAGGAGUGGUAUUUAGUGAGGAGGACAAGAAUGGCACGAUCAUCCAGGAUGUUAAAGAAGAUGGAGCAGCCACAAAGGAAGUUAGUACAGGAGACAGACUGACGGUAGUAGAUAAUGAAAUGACACCGGGACUGUCUGUGCAGAAGGUGACAUCAAUACUGAGCAAAGCGAAUACCUCGGGCAAGCUCACGCUCCACACAGAUAGCCACACCCCAAUAUCAACCUCAUCCAAUAAGACAUGGAGACUGUCAGACCCGGUGGUGGUCUCCAGCACGCCUCUGUCCUUGACACCCCCAGAAAUGGAAUCAGUCAAGAGUUGUUAUGGCGAUGGUGUUUCAGAUUCCAGCAGAUCAUCAACCCCUGCGACCUUGGCCUCGGACCCUGUGACCUGCCCCAUAAUCCCUGGUUGUGAGACUACCAUUGAUAUCUCUAAAGGAAGAACAGGGCUCGGCCUCAGCAUUGUGGGUGGCUGUGACACACUGCUGGGCGCUAUAAUAAUUCACGAGGUAUACGAGGAAGGUGCUGCUGCUAAAGAUGGAAGGCUCUGGGCAGGAGAUCAGAUUCUAGAGGUGAACGGUAUUGACCUGCGCACAGCAUCUCAUGAUGAAGCAAUAAAUGUGUUGAGGCAGACUCCACAGCGAGUGCGUCUGACCGUGUUCCGUGACGAAGCACAGUACAAGGAGGAGGAGCUGUGGGACGUGCUGUCGGUGGAGCUGCAGAAGAAACCAGGCCAAGGCCUCGGUCUCAGUAUCGUGGGAAGAAGGAAUGAUACAGGUGUGUUCGUGUCCGACAUUGUGAAGGGAGGCAUUGUGGAGAGCGACGGACGGCUCUUGCAGGGAGAUCAGAUUUUGUCUGUUAACGGCGAGGACGUUCGGACAGCAACACAGGAGUCUGUUGCCGCUCUGCUAAAGUGUUGCGUUGGCCCAAUCAAAUUGGAGGUGGGUCGCUUCAAGGCAGGGCCGUUCCAUUCCGAGAGACGCCUGUCUCAGGGCAGUCAGUUAAGCGAAGGUGGAAGCUAUAAAGCCAGCCAGCUGUCUUUUGCUGGUUCUGGCAGAUCACAAGAAGACUUUGAGGACAGCCACAGAAGUCUGGAAUCACUGGACCAAGACAUCCGAACUGUGGAGCUGUCCAAGGGUCCAUCUGAGUCCUUGGGGAUAAGUAUAGCAGGUGGAGUGGGUAGUCCUCUGGGCGAUGUUCCCAUCUUCAUUGCCAUGAUGAACCCAGCUGGUUUGGCUGCACAGACACAGAAACUCCGAGUUGGCGAUAGGAUCAUAUCAAUCUGUGACACGUCUACAGAAGGCAUGGCCCACAGCCAAGCUGUAUUACUGCUGAAAAACACCACAGGAACCAUAUGCCUGCAGGUUGUCGGAGGUGACACUACAGUAACAGGUCCUGCUCUGGAUCAAACAUCUGGACUCUCCAGCAGCAGCAUCUUCCACGAUGACCUGGGUCCUCCUCAGUGUAAGACUAUUAGUCUGGAGAGAGGGCCAGACGGCUUGGGCUUCAGUAUAGUGGGAGGAUUCGGCAGUCCCCAUGGCGACCUGCCCAUCUAUGUAAAAACAGUGUUUGGGAAGGGUGCAGCCGCAGAGGAUGGGCGUCUAAAGCGCGGGGAUCAGAUAGUCGCAGUCAACGGUCAGAGUUUAGAGGCAGUCACGCAUGAGGAGGCAGUGGGCAUUUUAAAAAAGACCAAAGGGACCAUCACGCUCACCAUACUCUCAUAGGACACUAAAUUAUAGAUCAUCUUAAAAACACUGGCUUAUGUUACACACUGUGACCUUUUACGUGAUGAAUACUGUAAAUAUCCAGUAUAGAAACAUAUUUUUAUUACUUUAUUUAUUCUUUUACUAAUACAGCAGAUGCCGUUUCCAAUUCUUUACUUUCACAUUGAUGGGAAAUGAUUGAAUAACGUGUGUAUAUAUACAAUGUUUUAGCCUCAUUCAUCAGUAGUUAUUGGGAGUUAUGAACAUAUUAACCUUUGGGGUGCAAUUAAUGUUAGCAAAUAGAAAAUCCAGCAUGCAGCAACUACUGAAUAGAGUCACGCGAUCAGUUUUAUAGAACGUCUUCCUAAAACAUAGUUAGCUUUAGUUACGUUUUAGAGCAGUUUCUACCUUGGCAGAUUUGCCUGAUCAACAGUUUUUAUUAGACCUGAGCAGGUUUUGGUGGUUUACCUAGAGCACUGCUUUUAAUUUUGAACACCACUACAGGCAACAGUUUUAGUCCCAGACUGCAAAAAAAAAAAAAAGGAAAAGAACUAGACUACUUUCUUACAGCUGGUAUUGAUUAUACAGUUCAUGUGAGGAUUUGAUUAGCCAUCUACACAGUGUGAAUUGCGAGUGAGACAUAAAUGAAAAGUAUUACAGAGAAAGAAACUAACCAGCACCAAAAAGUGUUUUAGAUUUGUUAGUGAGACAGAAAACUAGCUGUUCUUUCACACGGUGUCUUUAUAUAGUGGAUUGGAUUUUUUUUUUAAUGGAAGGAAACACUGUUUUUCAGUACAUCACGUAUCUAUCUGUAAGUGUUUUACUCAGUGUUACUGAUUUAGAGAGUUCACGCUCAAGCAAUAAGCAUUUCUAAAACCAGUAUUGAGUUGUUGUUUUUUUCCUGGAGAUAAAUAAAUAAUAAUAAAAAGUUA